GCGCACUGCGCCAGCUGCCCGGCGAGCGCGGCCACCUGCGCCCUGUGCGAGCGCGGGUGGCUGCUGGACGUGCCGAGCUGCGUGACCGGGUGCCCCGGCUCGUCGGUGGCCCUGGGCGGGCUGUGCACCGCCUGCCACGGGUCCUGCGCCACGUGCUACGGGCCGGAGCCGGAGCACUGCCUCACCUGCGGCCCGGCCGCCCCGCUGCACCUCGACGGUGCUUGCCUUGGCGCCUGCCCGGCCGGCACCUACCAGGCCGGGCCAGCAUGCCUCCCCUGCAGCGUCUCGUGUGCUGCCUGCUCCGGGCCCGACGGCAGCGAGUGCGUCUCCUGCCCCGGGGACCGGCUCCUCCUCGAGGGCCACUGCCUGUCCUCCUGCCCGGAGGGCUACUUCCCCCAGGGCAAUGUGUGCCGGCCGUGUGCCCCCUCGUGCCGGACGUGCCGCGCCCCGGACACAUGUGCCUCCUGCCCGGCGGGCGCCCUCCUGACCCCGGCCGGGGCGUGUGACACGGGCUGCCCGGCCGGCUGGCUGGCAUGUGCCCCAUCCGGCACAUGCGUCCCCUGCCCGGAGGGCUGCGCCGAGUGCCGGCCCGGCCAGGCGCCCUGCUCGGCCGAGUGCACUGCCUGUGCCGCCGGGUGGGUCCUCUCGGAUGGUGCCUGCCACGGGGCCUGCCCCCCGGGCCAGUACCAUCCCCAGGGUGCGGACCGGUGUGCCUGGUGCGAGCCCGGCUGCCGGACCUGCUUCGGCCAGGCGGACUCCUGCACCAGCUGCCCGGCGGGGCUGGUCCGCACCAGUGCCGGCACAUGCGCCGGCUCCUGCCCGGCCGGCUCGGCGCCCGUGGAUGCGGCCUGCCUGCGGUGCCCGGCCGGCUGCGAGCAGUGCACCGCCGGCGAGGGCCAGGCCGGCUGCACCCUCGAGGCGGAUGGCUCGCUCGCCUGCCCCGUCAUGGGGUCCUGUGAUGGGUGUGCCGGGGGCCUGUUCCUGGUGGACGGGUCGGCCUGCGUGGCGGCCUGCCCGCCCGGCACCUUCGGCCAGGAGGGGCCCCUCUCGCCGGUGUGUGCUCCGUGCCAUGUGAAGUGCCGCGCCUGCACCGGGCCCGGGGCCGAGGACUGCAGCCGGGUGCCCGGGUCACGCUCUUCGCAUGUUGGCCUGGCGGUGGGCCUGUCGCUGGGCCUGCUGUUUUUGCUGAUCCUGCUGCUUCUGCUCGUGCUCUUCCUCGUGCGCCGGCACGCCGGCAUGGCUGCCACCGGCAAGGACCCGGCGGACGCCGAGGACGCCACCAUGCUGAACACCAUCGUGGAGCUGGCCCUGCCCGGGGCCAUCCUGGUGGGCGUGGACACGGACUUCCGGCCGCUGGAUGAGCAGCUGGGCGCCGGGACCCAGGCGUCGGUGUAUGCGGCGCAGGCGAUCGGAGCUGGCAUCGCCGCGCGGCUGGGCUGCCCGGACGUGGUGGCCGUCAAGAAGAUGCGGCCCGAGGCCAUGGCCCCGGUGCACCACGCCAUGUUCCAAAAUGAGGUGGCGCUGAUGUGGCUGCUGCGCGAGCACGGCCACAUCGUCCGGCUCUUCGGGUACAGCGAGCAGCCGCCGGCCAUCGUGAUGGAGCGCUUCGACACGGACCUGGACACGCUGCUGCACUCGGAGGUCCCCCUAUCAAGCCUGCAGCUGGCGGACAUCUGCCAGCAGUGGGCCUCCGGGCUGGAGGCCAUGCACGCGCACGGGAUCGCCCACUGCGACCUGAAGCCGGGCAAUGUGUUUGCCAGCCAGCGCCCGGACGGGGGCUGGCGCGCGGCCCUCGGCGACCUGGGCACCAGUCGCAAUCUCAAUACCGACCGGUCGUCGGUCCUCGUCAACACCAUGCCCGAGCUGAACGCCAUGACCGUGCGGUACGCCGCGCCGGAGGUGAUCGCCGCCUUCCUGCAGGGCGCCCCGCUGGACCGGCGGCACUUCUUCCCGGCCGAUGUCUACAGCGCGGCGGUCAUGCUCCUUGAGUGCAUCACCCGGACCGGCCCCUGGCCCGGGCUGGCCCUGGACCAGAUCGUGGCCGCUGUCCAGGCCGACGGGCGGCCCGACACGGCACCCCUCCCUGCGGACGGCCCGCUGGCCAGUGUGCGUGACCUGGUCCAGGUCGCUUGGCACAGCCAGGCCGACCGGCGCCCGGCCGCGGCGAUCUUCCGCCAGCGCUGUGUGGCUCUCCUCCUCGCCACGGGCGGCGACCCUGGCCACACGCCGGCCGGCACAUGCUGA